AGGGCACAUAAUUAACUCAUUCCUCCUCCCAAUUUUUUUUUUUACAAACCACUUUACAUUUAUAUAUCACAUUACAUUUUGGUAAUCUCUUUUACUCUCCAUAACAGAGCUACACUAAUGGCUCACUGGUGUGUGCUCACCCUUGUGUAACCCCUAUGUUAACUCUGAUAACACUUCCUCUUUUCACACAUGGAGCAAACACCCUGUGAUAUGAUAACUUGUUCUUGCAGAGUAUUGGCAAACAGAGACAAAGACGCAGAAUACUGGGGCAUCACAUUUACUAGAAAGCAGGAACUGGAAGAUGUGGCUGGACAGAGAGAGGUGGUGAGCAUGUCGCACGAUGCUGAGCUCAUAUCAUAUUCAACACUCUUACAAAGAGCCACACCUCAGCUUCCUUAAAAGGGGCUGCAUUUUUGGCUUUUAAAGCGCUUCAAGCUCAUCAUCACGUCUCUGCCAGCAGCGACCAAAAAUGGUAUCAGUGGUGAGUGAGGACAGAGAACAGACCGCUCAUCUAGUGAUCAGCAAUAAAUUAAGCUUCUACACAAGUUUCUGGAGUUGCAGAGGAGCAGAAUACUGUCUCAGUCACACAGUAACUUAUGGAGGGUGGUACCACUAUAAAGACUGUACUCAGCUCAACAAGGAGCCGCUUCCUCCUCUCCUUUCUCUUAGUUUUACCACUGGGUCUUCUCAAUGGAUGGCCAAGGGGAUUCCAGACUCAGACAGCCAGAUAUCGGAACUGGAGCAGCAGUAGAAACAUCACCAUCCUGCUGUGGUACUGGCCCUUCAGCAGGUCAUUCAGCCUGAAGGGUGACGUUUGCUGGGACCUCUACAGUAUCCCUCACUGUAGACUGGUGGACCAGCGCUCCUUGUUCCCCUCAGCCGAUGUGGUGGUGUUCCACAACAAAGAGCUGGCAGUACACCGACAAAAACUGCCCCUGCACCUUCCACGGCCACGGGGCCAGAGGUGGGCCUGGAUGUCCCUUGAAGCCCCUGCUCACAAUGGAAACUUGAGUCAGCAUGCAAACAUUUUUAACAUGACUAUAACGUACAGGAGGGAUGCUGAUGUCACUGUACCAUAUGGCGAGCUAAUACCUAAGAAGACUGAAGGACAUCUGGCAGAAGACGUCCCUCAGAAUAAGAGCUUCUUAGCCUGUUGGGUGGUCAGCAACUACAGGAACCGUCACAAGAGAAGCCAAGUGUACAAAGAGCUCAAUGCCACGGUUCCUGUGAAGGUUUACGGUCGGUGGACAAAGACACCCCUUCGCUCUUCAGCUCUCUUACCUACAAUCUCUCGCUGCUACUUCUAUUUGGCUUUUGAGAACUCAAUCGCCAAAGAUUACAUCACAGAGAAGCUGUGGAGGAAUGCUUACCAAAGUGGGGCGGUGCCUGUCGUCCUUGGACCGCCAUUAGAAGAUUACAAAGCCGUGGCUCCACCUAAUUCUUUCAUCCAUGUUGAUGAGUUUGCAUCAGUCAAAGACUUGACAAAGUAUCUACAACAGCUUGCAGAGGACAAGAAACGCUACAGUGAGUAUUUCACCUGGAAACGUCAGUGGAAAGUGAAGCUGUACACAGACUGGAGGGAGAGAGUGUGCAAGAUCUGCUCACAGUACAACAGUUUACCUCAGGAGAAAAUUUACUCCGACCUAGAGGCCUGGGUCAAGGCUAAUAACAGCUGAGCUUGCAUAAUUGUAGUUGAGGGAAUAGUUUGGAUCUUUGAAAGUUGGGUUGUAUGGGGUACAUAGCCAUAGACAGUGUGUUGCAUACAGUAAAUGUUGGUCGACACGCUCCUAGUUUGUUAGCAGGAGUUCCACUUCGAAACAAAGCAAUGCACUGCUGUGAAUGGGGUCAGCAGCAAAACAUGUUUUAGCCACCUAAUUUAAGUCCCACUUGAAUAAAAUCAAUAAAAAUGUACGUGUACACUAUAUGUAGAACAUUUUCAGAGCUUUACCUUUCAGUCACACAGCCCCUUCUGAGAGGGAGGUCACUAACAGCUUCAGUUCUCCAUUUCGUCAAAGCCACCAGACUCCAUUGAGAAAAAUAGUGAUUUUAGCUUGAUGAACACAGAUCCACUGCUGCCCCAAAUUAGUUAGUUUGUUUGUGUUAUUGUGUGACUUUGGUGAAUCCAAACUAACCUUCUUAAACGCCAAGGUCAGGUCACACAAUAACACAAACAAACUAACUAAUGGAGGCAGAGGUACACCAGUAGCUCCUGCAUCCAACAAUAUUUAAUUACUGCUUUUCUUAAUGGAGUCUGGCAUUAGGCGAUAAAACAGCUUUAGUUCCCAGCUGCAAAAUGUUGUCUAAUGGCAAGGUAAAGCAGUGAAAAUAUUUUAAAUGUAGCCUCUUGAAUUGAUUCUGUUUUUUUAAAAGUGGUUAAAACUCAUUUUGCUGCUGGCCCCUUCUACAGCAGUACAUUGCUUAGCUUCUGUGGCAGCACUCCUGCCUGCUUCUCCAAAGUGCCGACUGACAUCUACUGUAUCUAAUACACUGAUUAUGGAUAAGUACCUCAUACAACAUCACCGACCAAUCCCUUUAAUGUGUCACUUAUUUUUGACAUAUCAGCAGACAUCAUGACCUCAUUUUUUGCAUCAGGACUUAGUACUCUUCUGUCAUUCAAGAUGCAUAUUUUCAAAAUGUGUUCAGUUUUAAUGCUGAUGCUGUGCUGAUUACAUAAAUCGUCAAACUGUGAUAAUCAGAUCAUGGGAAACACGGCUGAGCAGCAAGUUUAAAAAAAAAAAAAAAAGAAAAGGAGCGCAACAAAUAAUGCAGAAACUUUUGAAAGAUUACACCCUUGAGAUUUAGGAAGCCUUAUCCAAGGACAUUAGGGAAACAUGUAUACUGUAUGCACACAAUGAACACAACUACUUCAUAUUGAGAACAAUAAUUAAGUGAAUUAAAAUCCUAGGACGUACAUCCAUAGCACUUUAUACCAAAUAUCUGACCUUUCCAGUGUUAAAAGAAUAGUUUGGGUUAUAAAGAAUACACUUUUUUGCCAAGAGUUGGAUGGGACUGAUAGGCUACCACUAUCAUAUUUGCACAUCAAUCAAGAAGCUACAGCCAGCAGCCGGCUAAUGUAGCUUAGCACACAGCUAGCCUGGCUUUGUCCGAAGCCACAAAAUAUAACAUGUUAAUUUGUAGUAACAGCUGUAGAGGUGCCCCUAGGUGGAUUUUUUUUACCUUAGGACAGAGUCAAGCUGGUUGUUUCCCUGUUUCCAGGCUUUCUACUAAGCUAAGCUAAGCUAACCUGCUGCAGCUUCCACACGUCUUUGGGAAUGGUAUCAAUCUUCUCAUCUAGCUAUUGGCAAGAAAACAAAUUAGCAAAUUUCACACAAAGUGUAACUAUUCCUUUACGGUUAACUCAACACAGCAUACAGUUCAGUCCACUUUGAGGGCACUGGUAUAAACACAGGCUCAUACUGUGCAAUGACUCCCAGCCCAUAAAAGGUCCAGUGUGUAGGAUUAAGGAGCAUCUACUUGGUGGUAUUGGUAUAUAAUAUGCAUGACUAUGUUUUCAUUAGUUUAUAAUCACCUGAAACUAAGAACUGGUGUGUUUUCAUUACCUUGAAAGAGCCAUUUACGUCUACAUAAGGAGUAGUCCUCUCCAGGCCCCCAGGAAGGCAGCUCACCUCUAUUCCACAGUGGCCACUGGUGGUAUUGCAGCAAGAAAUCCCCUGCAGCUUUAAAAGCAUUUUCCCCAUGGACCACCAUUAAAUAAAGAGACUGCUGUAAAACUGUUGAGAGGACGCCUCGUACGGCAAACAAGUUCACUUAUGACUCUUUCAACUAAGAAUCAAUGAUCCAUGGAGGUUUAAUAAAAAGUUUAAAACUUUCUUCAAGCUGAGAAAAACAAUUGAAAAUCCGUGACGUCAUCAUAAUGUCAAGUCAAGCAGGAGCUCACUUACUCCAGAAUUGAACCACAAGGUUAGAAACUUUUUUUGACAUAUGCACGCGAGCAAUUCCAUUGGACUGAACACUCCAUCAUAGAUGGUCCUCUCCCAGGGAAUCAACCAUGUUCUACAGUAGUCCACAACAAACAAGUCAAAUACUGGCUCUAAAUAGGGCCACUUGCAUUUUCACAUCACCUGCCGUAGUUCUCCUGCAUGCAUGGCACAUACUGAAAGUUUAAGUUCUGCAACCUCACCACUAGAUGCCACCAAGUCCGACACACUGGACCUUUUAACACAUGUACUGUACAGAAACCCAACAAGCACAAAGGUUACUGUAAAUGGCACUGACAGACUGAUGUCAUUUUAUUAAAAUGGACACACCAUGGUCGAGGCCUUUAAAACACACAAAACUUAAAAGGUUGAAGAACUGAAGAUAAAUUCUGCUUUCUGUGUUAUGUUAAAUACUGUCUUUUAGAUGCCUUGAAAAUAAGGGGAGGAGCCUUAUUGUCAUGGAAAAAAAUCGCAAUCAAUAAAAGUUCAAUUAGCUUAAAUAUCCUCUUUUCUACCAAAGGGAGAAAACCUCCCAUUUACAGACUGCUGCAAUUGAGGUAACAGCACAUUCUCUUAAUGUAAGAUAAUCGCAGCACAUUUCAAACUACAGGUACCGUGUUGAAUGUGCUUUCAAAAAGCCAUCUUUAUCUUUGCAUUUGAUAUGUCAUUUUACACUUGUUCUGUAUUUGUUUUUGAAAAUUACCAAGAGUUUGGUCUGUUAAAUGGUUUAUUUCAUGCAAAUAAAAAUG